UUUAAUCAACUUUAAAGACGAUGAUUUUUCUUGCAGUUUUAAUGUACGCGCGAGAGGAGAAGACCAUUCUCGACCCAGAGUCAGACCACCGUAAAGUACCAACUUUAAAAGGUCAGAAAGUCUUAACCUCCACCCACCAUCUAAUUACCAAACUACCCACGUUCAAUCCCAAAACUCCACGCCAAUUCCCGACGUUCCCAAGUGUCAAUUCUGUCCAAACAAAUUAAAAAAACCUUCGUCCCCAAAAUUUCUCACCCCAUUGUCCAAAUAACCACCCUACCCGUGUUGUCCCUCUCGUUCCCCUAAGUCUCCUCCUCCGUUACCAUCGCUCCGUUCGUCUUCCAGCCGCAUUCUCUACGAUGCAGUCAACAAGAACUCGCCGUAAAGUCGCUCCGGUGGCGGAAAACGGCGACACGGCGGAUAAACUUGACCAGCUCGUGCUUUCCUCGGCAAUCUGCAACGGCGAGGACAUAGGCCCAUUUAUCCGAAAGGCCUUUGCAUCCGGCAAACCCGAGACCCUCCACCAUCAUCUCCGUCAGUUCGCCCGAUCCAAAGAGUCCGAAAUCGAAGAGGUUUGCAAGGCCCACUACCAGGACUUCAUCCUCGCCGUCGAUGACCUCCGAUCCCUCCUCUCUGACGUCGAAUCCCUGAAAUCGUCUCUAUGGGAGUCGAACUCCAAGCUUCAGUCAGUCGGUGUCCCUCUCCUCAAGUCCCUGGACGCCUUCGUGGAGGCCCGAAACGUCUCCCGAAACGUAAACCUGGCUCUCGAAUCGGUGGGCGUUUGUAUUCGCUUGACUGAGCUCUGCUCCAGAUCGAAUUACCAUCUAUCCAAUCACAACUUCUACAUGGCGCUCAAGUGCGUCGACUCCAUCGAGUCCGAGUUCCUCGACAAAACGCAGUCGUCCACGCUCAAAAGGAUGCUGGAGAAGAAGAUUCCCGAGAUCCGCUCGCACAUUGAGAGGAAGGUCAGCAAGGAGUUCGGUGAUUGGCUGGUGGAGAUCCGAGUGGUGAGCCGGAAUUUGGGUCAGUUGGCCAUCGGUCAGGCAUCGGCGGCGAGACAACGGGAAGAGGAUCUGCGAAUCAAGCAGAGGCAAGCGGAGGAGCAGAGCCGACUGAGUCUGAGGGACUGUGUUUACGCGUUGGAGGAAGAGGAUGAAGAAGGGCUAAGCGGUGGUGUUGGAGAUGAUAGUAAUGGUGGGAGUGCAAUCCUUGGAUUCGAUUUGACUCCUUUAUAUAGGGCUUAUCAUAUACACCAGACUUUGGGGCUCGAGGACCGUUUCAAGCAGUACUAUUUCGAGAAUCGGAAGCUUCAACUGACUUCGGACUUUCAGGUAUCUUCUAUGACUCCGUUCCUUGAGUCCCAUCAAACUUUCUUUGCGCAAAUCGCCGGGUUCUUCAUCGUUGAAGACCGUAUUUUGAGGACCGGUGGUGGUUUGAUAUCGAAAAUGGAGGUUGAGAAUUUGUGGGAGACCGCUGUUAGCAAGAUGUGUUCUGUAUUAGAGGAUCAAUUCUCUAGAAUGCAAACUGCGAACCAUUUGCUGUUGAUUAAGGAUUAUGUGAGCUUGUUAGGAGUGACUUUGCGUAGAUAUGGAUACCCAGUGGACGCUUUGCUUGAUGUUUUGAGCAAGCAUAGAGAUAAGUACCAUGAAUUAUUGUUAUCCGAUUGUCGUAAGCAGAUUGCAGAAGCUCUUGCUGCUGAUAAGUUUGAGCAAAUGUUGAUGAAGAAAGAGUAUGAGUAUUCUAUGAAUGUGCUUUCGUUUCAGAUACAAACUUCGGAUAUCAUUCCAGCAUUUCCGUAUGUUGCCCCUUUUUCAUCCACGGUACCGGAUUGUUGCCGCAUAGUGAGGUCUUUCAUUGAGGAUUCUGUGAGUUUCAUGUCUCAUGGUGGGCAGCUGGAUUUCUAUGAUGUUGUGAAGAAGUAUUUGGAUAGGUUGUUGGGUGAGGUGUUGGAUAGCGCUUUGUUAAAGCUUAUAAAUACGUCUAUCCACGGAGUCUCCCAGGCAAUGCAGGUUGCAGCUAAUAUGGCUGUAUUGGAGCGUGCUUGUGAUUUCUUUUUCCGUCAUGCUGCACAGCUUUCUGGCAUUCCUUUGAGAAUGGCUGAGAGAGGUAGGAGGCAGUUUCCGCUGAUCAAAGCCCGUGAUGCAGCAGAAGAGAUGCUCUCCGGAUUGCUAAAGACAAAGGUUGAUGGGUUCCUGUCAUUGAUUGAAAACGUCAAUUGGAUGGCCGAUGAGCAUUUACAAAGUGGGAAUGAAUAUGUGAACGAGGUGGUCAUCUAUUUGGAAACUUUGGUCUCCACUGCACAGCAGAUUUUGCCAGCUCAAGUUCUUAAAAGAGUUCUACAGGAUGUUCUAUCUCACAUAUCAGAGAAGAUUGUCGGGGCCGUAUAUGGGGAUUCAGUCAAAAGAUUCAGUGUAAAUGCUAUCAUGGGAAUUGAUGUGGAUAUCCGCUUGUUGGAGUCUUUUGCUGAUAAUCUAGCAAACUUGCUCUCAGAAGAGGAUGCUAAUCAGUUGAAAACAGCACUCGCUGAGCCAAGACAGUUGGUUAAUUUGCUAUUAAGUAGUAAGCCAGAUAACUAUUUGAAUGCUGUGAUCAGAGAUAAGGAGUAUAAUACUUUGGACUUCAGAAAAGUAGCGACUGUUUCUGAGAAGUUGAGGGAUCCUUCAGAUAGGCUAUUUGGAACCUUUGGAAGCCGGGGAGGCAAGCAGAAUCCAAAAAGGAAAUCGUUGGAUCUAUUGAUAAAAAGACUGAAAGAGUUGAGCUGAUUUGUUACAUAGAUGUACGUACAAGCCUUGUACUUUCUUUUUCUUCUUACACCUAGUAGCAAAUUCUUUGCUGACUUUAUUGUUUCCCAUAGCCCAUUGUUGUUUUCAGAAUGUGUCCUAAAACAUGGAAAAAUUUAUUUUGUAUGUAUCAAUCUCAUAGUUGUGAUAAACUUACAGGCGUGAUGUCGGUGUGAAAUUGUAGCAUAGUUUUGCAUUAAAAAUUCUAUUUGUUGUUGCUAGUUAUUUUCA